AUGUCAGAUUUGGACGGAUAUGUUCCAAUGAUUGAUGCUAUCUUAAGCGUCUCCAAUCCUGACAAAGUCAGUGCUAAAAGGAUACGAAAAGCCAUUCAGGAACUUUUUGCAGUUAAUUUGGAAAGCCAGCGGAAAAUGGUCAAUGCACUGAUAAUUGAGCGUUUCAACGAUAUUCAAAAGAAUAGGUCUAACAUUUCGUCUCAAGAACUGGCGAAAAAGGAUGCUGCCAUAGCGAAAGCUCUCUCUAAAAAGCUCGAUAGUACUGGAAAGAAGGCCAAAUCUGGCUCUAGCAUUUCAAAACCGAAAAAGAAGCGGAAAGUCAGUGAAAAUGGGAACUCUCUGAGUCAGACCAUGAUGCAAUUGAGCCCUGAAUUACAGCAUAUUGUGAAGGAGCCUCAAAUGGCUAGAACGCAAGUUGUUAAGAAACUUUGGGAGUACAUAAAGGAGCAUGAUUUACAAAAUCCAGCAGAUCGCCGGGAAAUAAUAUGUGACGACCGAAUGAAGCCCAUAUUUGGCGCAAAGACAACCAUGUUCGCACUGAAUAAGAGUUUAUCGAAGCAUAUCUUCAGUCGCGAAGACGUUGUCGACCAGGAGGAUAAGACGAUGAACCCCGAAGCAUCUACAACUUUCGACGAUCGAUCAUGA